AUGAAUGCUGUAGCAGACUGGCAUGCUCAAGAAUAUGAGGAGGAGGAGGAAGAGGACUUCUAUGGGCAGAGCACACCUAGCCAGUCUGCCUCAGGGGGAGCCACUUUUGAGUGGCAGCUGUAUGAAGGACAGCGGUGGCUGCGUAUUGACAAUGACCAUGUGAUCGAGACCCACUACUGCCUGCCUGGGGCCAAAGGAAUGAACAUCUACCCAUCACACAUGGGUGUAUCCAUUGCCCCAUCAGCCCCCACCGUAAUUGCCUCACCACCUCCCUCUGCUGGCUACACCUGGGAAUUCAUGGGCGUGGAGGGAGUGUGGACAGAAUACCAGACUCCAAGUUGCUCACUGGACAGUGCUGGGAUUGAGAGACACUACCAGCAGAACUCCAAGGGACAGAUACGCUUCAAAGCUGGGAGAUAUUCCUACACCCUCGACUUCUCAGGCAUGUGUCAGACCAACGUUCGCAUCGGGACCAAAAGAACUGUGAGGAGAACUCAAUGUGAAGCUCAACAAAUGAGCAGUGGAGGUAUGGGUUUACAGUCCCGUUGGCAAUUUCAAGACGUGGACGGAAGCUGGAAAGACUUUGCCAAAAGAAGAGGCACCUGCAGUGUAUCCAGCCAGGACAUUGAAGCCCAGUACCAGCAGAACCCAAAUGGAACUAUGAACUUCACUACCAGGAGCUUCAGCUAUCAACUGGACUUCUCGGCCCUGACCCAAAGAAACCUGUCCACUCAGACCACCCGAUCUGUUCGACGUCUGAACUUAUCACUGCCCACGACACUGUCCUCUGUCAGGGGAGAAGAUUCCCUGUAUGACAUGACGACUGAGAUUGUCCCACUCAGCCAAGAACUGCUUUGCGGCUGUAUCACAAUACACUAAAGUAGCUUCCUUUCUUUUAUAAUGAGAAAUGCAGAGAACUACAGGUGGGUGUGUUUUUGGCUGUCCAGGCCCUCUGGAUCAGUACAACUACAUAGAGGAGAGGAGACCACUUUAGAAUGUAGAGACACAGCCUGCUAUUAUGAUGAUGGGCGUAGUGGGUGACCUCUGACCUCAACCUUACACUCCUCUUUUCCUAACUGACCUAAUCCUCUGUCUCUGUCCAAUACCCUGGCAGUGGAGGCUGGUGGGAGGAGCUGUAGGAGG